AUGACCAGUAAUGCCGAUACUCUCGUAAACACGCCCUCUGCCCCCGUUGGCAUCCUCCACGACCGUCCUCGCAGCUCCUCUCCACGCCAGCCCCACAAGCCCUCUGCUGCUGCUCUUCAUUCAUCCUGGAAGCCAGACCACGCCGAGCUGCCGCCUGCCAACCACGACGCCCACGACGACCAGGAUGCAGAGCCCGAGUCCGAGGCCGAGACGGUCGUCCUGUCGCGCGACGAAAACCCUGCUGCUGACUCCAAGCUGAUCAAGACGGAACGCGUCGACGAUGACGACGAUGACGACCACAGCAACAGCGACGCGACACGUCUGCGCUCCAUCAAAGAAGAGCCGCGCCUGCACUCGCCCCAGCCAAACGGCCGCCAACGCACCACCAACCACGUCAAAAUCAACGGCGCAAAGAGCCCGGCCCCUUCAUCUCCAAACACGCGCACAAAGGACACCAGCCCCAACCAUGUCGCCAAAUCGCGUGGCCGCAGUGCCUCGACGGUUGACAACCGCAAGCGCAAGCUACGCGAUGACUCGUUUCCCUUUGAGCCUCCGCGCCAGAAAGCCAAAACCGACACGCCAGGCUUUGGCCGCCCACACAAACGCUCCCAAUCCACCCAAUCCACUGCCACGGGCAUUGCCGGUCGCAAGCGCCGCGAAGUCACCAAUCUCGCUCUGUCCAACGAGGAGCAUUGGUCAGGAUCCAGCUCAGAUCACUCAACCUCGCCCCAGCCAUUGUCUGCACCCCAUCUGCAGCAGCAUGUCCGAGUAAAGCGCUCCACACAUCGCGCUUUGACCUCGCCUGCGCGUACCAUGCCCCAUCGAAAAAUUGAUCGCUUUGGUGCCACUCGUCUUGCUCGAGAAAGUGAAAAGGGCGACUUGGACGCGGUCAAAGAAGCGUACGAGGAGGCGCCAGACGAGCUCGACCAGCCUGAUUAUGCUGGAAUCACUCCAUUGCAAAAAGCCUCGCUACAUGGUUGGGCGCCCGUUGUCCGUUAUCUGAUAAGCAAAGGCUGUCGUACCGACUGUGAGAGCCAUGACCGCGAUACGCCGCUCAUCGAUGCAGUCGAAAACUCGCAUCUAGACGUAGUCAAGCUUUUGCUCAACCAGGGCCAGGUCAAUCCCCACCAUUCGAACAAAAAAGGACAACGCGCCAUUGAUGUUCUUGAUCCCGAAGACGAGGACGCGCCCGAGAUUGAAAAAGAACUGAGAGAAGCAAUGAGACAACGAGUGGAUACUUCUACCAACGACCAAGAACGCACGCAGAAACAGGCCAAAACUGCUUCUCGCCUCUUGUACAACGAAUUCAAUGUCGAAACCCUUAUCGAAAAGGCUGGAGACGGAGAUAUCCUAGCUGUGGGAGAACUCAUAAACAGCAACAUCAAGCCAAACAUCACCUGCGGAGUUGCGGCAGCCAGAGGCGGACAUUACGACAUCCUUAGCAUUCUCUUGGCUAGCGGCUUGAAGGCCGAUCCCGACCCAUCCAAGCACCCAGAGACGCCCAUGACAGUUGCCAUUGGGCGUGGAUACCUGAAGAUCAUACAGUUACUUCUUGAACAAGACAACUUCAACCCUACGCGGAGGAACAAAGACAACAAGACGUACUAUGAAAUUUCAGAAGAACGACAUGGACCGAAGUGGGAAGAAGAGAGGGAUAUGCUGAAACGCGCUUGCGAGGAGUACCAGAAAAAUCAUCGAAGUCCACGAAGAACCAAAAAAGAAGCACCGAUCCCUGCGGCCAAUCGCGUCAAGAGAAAGUCAUCCCCACGACGGGAACGCUCCUCUUCGCCUCAAGCGGAGCCGAAACGUGCCACAAAAUCAAAUACUGUCUCCUCUGCGCCUCAAAAGUCACGACGGUUAAUGUCCGGAAAGGAAAAGGCUUCUCGAGAGGGUCAGAGGAGGAAACGUGUUGUAGAAGACGACUCAUCUGAAGAGGAGAGCGAAGAAGAUGUACGGCCGCCUACACGCAAAGUCAAGCGGCGGUCCUACAGCGAAGGCGAAGGCGAAGAGGCAAAACCGGUCAGGAAAGCUCUGAAAGCACGGUCAGACGACAAUGAAUCCAAACGGCCGGUUCAUGCACGUUCAGACGAAAGUGAUGAAGAUCAUGGCGCAAAACCUCCAGUCAAAGCAGUCGUGAAGCCAUCCAAACCGAUCAGCGCAAAACCAACCCCGGAAGUAGAUUCGCCCGACGAACGCAAGAUUGUCAAGAACAAAAUCAAAUACAAGACCGUGGAGGAAAAGAUAAGAAAACGAAGGCUGUCGGAUGCAUCGGCCGAUGACACUAGUGUGAAGAGGACUCCUACUGUAUCCGCCAAGUCGACACCGGCUCCACCUGAAAGGGUAGCGACACCUGAGGUGGAACGUCUAAGGCGUCAGGAAGAGCAACAAGCACAGGCAGAAGCGAAACGGAAAGCAGCCCAGGCAGCGGCCGAGGCUGAGGCCGAAGCCAAAAACAAGGAAGCAGAAGAGGCUGCCCGCAAGGUUGCAGAAGCAGAAGAAGCAAAGAAGAAGGCAGAGGCCGAAGCUGAAGCUGAGGCCCGGCGUCAAGCAGAGCAAGCGGAGGCUGCCCGUAUCAAAAAAGAGGAGGAGACGCAACGGCAAGCGGAAGAAGAGGCCAAGCGUCAGAAGGAACUGUUGGAACGCCAAAAUCGUAUUUCAAAACUUCCUCGAGCCCUACGGCGAGCCUGCGAACUAGGUACCAAUCGACCACUCCACUUUUCAGGCGAAGAGCUCGGCGUCUCAGCUGUCUUCCUACCACUCUUCUACGCAAACGCUCAAGAUCUCAAGGAUCCACAGGCUUUGCCCGGCAAGACCUACGUCUGCUCAUUCCAAGUAGUUGGCAUCCUUGGACUCCCCGAACUCGAUUUAGCCCACCUCGAUGCUCCUUACUCAAAUUGGACCCGAAUUCCUGUCAAUCGUACACAACGAGAUGCAAUCCUGCGCCAAUACGACGUUGCACUUCUAGCUCAAGAUUUUCGAUUUCCCAUGGAAGGUGCUCCAGACUUUGACUACGCGAAGAUUCAAGAGAGUAUCAAGGAGGCUAGGAACCAAUUUGCAGCAAUGGAAGGUUUAUAUUGGGUUGAGGAAUCACUACUGUAUGCCGAGGUGGACAAGGUGGAAACCCUCCGCCCGUUGCUGAACGACAUGCGUGCUGAGUGCAAGAGACGACGAAUCCAUCUGGCCGACAUCAACGACGAGCUGCCGGACAAGAAGCACAAGCCCCGCAAGAGCUUCAUGGACAUUGUGCUCUCCCAAAAUGGUGUCAACAACACUGUUCGCACCACUAUUGUCAACGGCAAUGGCUGA